AUGACGAUGAAGGUGCCUGAUGAAGCCGAGACAGAAGCCUCAAAGGAGCUCAUGAGCACGCACCUGGAACACACUGAGGACUCAGAAGCCACCGAUAAACACAUGGACAUAAACCUGGAUGGCAUUAAGGAAACACCUCUGGAGAAACAUCUGGAAAAUGAGAUGACGAUGAUGAUGGUGAUUGAUGCAGCGGAGGCAGAAGCCACCAUGGAAACCAUGGACAUAAACAAGGAUGAGAAUGAGAAGAAACCUCUGGAGAAACAUCUGGACAAAAUGGAUAUAAAGAAGGACGACCCUCCUGAGGAAGAUGCUAAGAGCACAAAGAGAUACACCAGGAGAGGAACGAGAGGAAAAGGAUGCAGGAUCAUCUACAAAAGAGACAACAAUCCACAAGACGGUGCCAAGGACGAUAUCAGAGUAUCUGCUCACAGAACAGGAGCAGAGGGGCUCAGGGGUAAAUGCAGAGAGGUUGAAGAAGAGAGAAAGAACCCACCAGAGACCCCGAGACCCAAAGCUCAUCCUCAUCAACAGCAGAGGAUGAUGGAGAGACACGCGGAGAAGAGAGAACAUCCCCAGUGGAAAAGAGAACAGGGACAGAGAACCCAACAAGGCUUAUCUGAGAGACGUUCUUCUGGACAGAGGAACGUCAGAAAGAACUGGGGUGAUGAACGCAGGCAGGUGUUCCACCCCAGACGAACACAGGAAGAGACAGAGAGAAGACCUGACCGAAAUGACGGCAGAAAAGCUCAUCCUCAUCAACAGCAGAGGAUGAUGGAGAGACACGAGGAGAAGACAGAACAUCCCCAGUGGAAAAGAGAACAGGGACAGAGAACCCAACAAGGCUUAUCUGAGAGACGUUCUUCUGGACAGAGGGACGUCAGAAAGAACUGGGGUGAUGAACGCAGGCAAGUGUUCCACACCAGACGAACACAGGAAGAGACGGAGAGAAGACCUGACCGAAAUGACGGCAGAAAAGCUCAUCCUCAUCAACAGCAGAGGAUGAUGGAGAGACACGAGGAGAAGAGAGAACGUCCUCAGUGGAAAAAAGAACAGGGACAGAGAACCCAAGGCUUAUCUGAUAGACAUUCUUCUGGACAGAGGGAUGUCAGAAAGAACUGGGGUGAUGAACGCAGGCAGGUGUUCCACCCAAGACGUGUGCAGGAAGAGAGAAGACCUGACCAAAAUGACAGGGGAGUAUCUGCACCCAAAGGAGGAGCAGAGGAGCGCAGGGGUCAAUGUAGAAAUGUUCAAGAAGAGAGAAAGACCCCUGUAGAGAACCCAAGACCUAAAACACAUCCUCAUCAGCAGAGGAAGACUGAGGAACAUGGAGAGCCAAGAGAACAUCCUCAGCAGAAAAGAGGACAGGUACAGAGUACAUCUGUUACUCCGAGUCAUGGUCCCUAA